AUGGAUGAUUACUGUCCCCCAGUCUGUAGCUGCUAUAACAGUGUGGUCCAAUGCUCCAACAAAAGCGUGGGAAGAGUUCCUUAUGGGAUUCCUUACGGCACUCGGCAAAUCCUCCUCAUGAACAACUACAUAAAAGGAAUCCAGCUGGAUCUGUUCGCAAAAUACAAUUCUAUGGAAGUGCUUGUGUUGAGCAACAACUGGCUGACAGACGGUGCCAUCAAAGGCGCCUUCAGUCAGAUCCCAGCUCUGAAGCACCUCUACUUGGACGGGAAUCGCCUGAAAAGCGUCCCCACAGACCUCCCGGUCUCUCUGGAGGAGCUCCGUCUGGACAACAACUACCUGAGGGCGAUAUCGGAGGGCGCUUGGUCACGCUGCCCCGGCCUCUUCAUUCUGAGGCUCAGCAACAACAACCUGGGGCCCGGGUCGAUUCCUGACGCAGCGCUGUCGUCCCUGAGGAACCUGCACACCCUGAGCUUGGACCACAACCAGCUGACCUCCAUCCCUCUGGGGCUGCCGCUGCUGAUCAAGGAGCUCUACCUGAAAGGGAAUCUCAUCGAGCAGGUCCGUGAGGACGCCUUCCAUAAGAUGUGGGCGCUGGAGGUGUUGGAUCUGAGCGCAAACAGACUGACGAAUGCCGGACUGAGGAAUUCUCUUAAUGCCACUCGGCUGGAAAGCCUCAGCUUGGAGGGGAACAGACUGGAGCACGUACCCAGACACCUCCCUCCGUCGCUCAAGUCCCUCAAUCUGGAGGGCAACUUCAUAUCGUCCAUAAAGAAGGCGGACUUCAGCAGGCUGAAGGAGCUGGAGCUCCUGGGACUGGCGAGGAAUAAAAUUUUCGAGGUGGCGCCAGGCGCCUUCCGGGAACUGGCCGCCUUGCACCGGUUAGAUCUGUGCCACAACGCCCUGCAGCAGGUGCCCAGGCAGCUGCCUCGGGGUUUACACUCUGUGGCGCUCACAGACAAUCGGAUCCAGUCGGUGCCUCACGACGCUUUCUGCUGGGGCGAUAGAACCCGGAGCGUCCGGGGGUUUGUCCGAGUGCAUCUGGAACACAACCUCAUCGACGUGGGGAAGAUGGAUGUGCGGUCGUUCAGGUGCUUACAGGGAUUCCAGCUGGUCCACUCCUACUGAGCCAA